AUGGCGCUCGGGAGGAGCUGCGCGCGCGGCGUCGCGGGGACGUCGGCGCGGAGGACGACGAGGGGGAAGACGGGACGGGUGAAGCGAACGCGGGUGGGUGUUGGACGAUGGUGCGUCGGUGAGAGAGGUGAGAGGGCGUGGUCGGGGGAUUCGGGCGCGCGAGGAGGGGGAAUGCGCGGGCGAGCCGUUGGCGGCGUGGACCUCGACGCGUACGAGCCCAAGUACGUGCGCGAACCCGUGCCGGUGUAUGUGAUGCUUCCGCUGAACGUCGUGACGAAUGAGGGUGAGGUGGAUGAUCGAGCGGGGCUAGAGCGCGGUCUUCGAGCGCUGAGCGAAAUCGGCGUCGAGGGCGUUAUGAUCGACGUGUGGUGGGGCAUCGUCGAACGCAACGGACCCAAGAAGUACGAUUGGGCGGCGUAUCGCGAGAUCAUCGACAUGAUCAAAGCGGAGGGGUUGAAGGUUCAAGCGGUGAUGUCGUUCCACGCUUGCGGAGCGAACGUCGGUGACGUGGUUGAGAUCCCUCUUCCGGACUGGGUGCUCGAAGCCGGCGAGAAGGAUGCGGACUUGUUUUUCACCGAUCAGUACGGCUAUCGUAACCCGGAGUGCAUCUCGCUCUGGGCCGAUAACGCUCUGACUUUGGCCGGACGAACACCCAUGAACACGUACAAAGACUUUAUGGUCAGCUUCAAAAAGACGUUCAAGGAAGAACUCGGGACAACUUUAACCGAAGUCGCCGUUGGGUGCGGACCGUGCGGAGAGCUGAGAUACCCAGCGUAUCCGGAGAACAAAUUCGCUCAAAAGGCGUCGCAGUGGCGAUUUCCCGGCAUCGGGGAGUUCCAAUGUUACGAUCAACGAGCGCUCGUGUCACUCGCUCGUGCGGCUUCGGAAGCCGGACACAUCGAGUGGGGCGGAUCGGGUCCGCACGACACAGGCGGUUACAACAAUCUACCGUACGAGACCGGGUUCUUUAGGUAUGACGGAGGGAGUUGGGACUCGGAUUACGGUCAUUUCUUCUUGGAAUGGUAUUCACAAGAGCUCGUCAACCAUGGCGACCGAAUGCUCGAGAUGACGAAAAAAGUUUUCAAGAACAAAGGAGUCACGCUCGCUAUCAAGUGUGCGGGAGUGCACUGGUGGUAUAACACCCGCUCGCACGCCGCUGAACUUACUGCGGGAUAUUUUAACACUCGCGCAGGGAACAUGACGCCCGAGCGGGAUGGAUACGCGCCAAUCGUUCGCGUUUGCCAGAAACAUGGCGCUCGCCUGAACUUCACGUGCGUCGAGAUGUACGAUAGCGAUCAUCCAUGGUAUUGCUAUUGUGGACCCGAGGGGCUCUUGCGCCAGAUACGAUCCGCUUGUGCGCGCUUUGAGGUGCCGUUUGCGGGAGAAAACGCACUUUGCCGUUUCGAUCAGGUAGCCUUCGACAAAAUCAUCAAGAACUGCGCGGGUGAGGGUAACGACGAGGAAAUGUGGCGAGAGGGGACAAUACUCCCACCGAUGGCGUGUUUUACGUUCUUACGAUUCAACUCCGAACUCUUCUCUCCCGGCGCUUUUGAGUCAUUUAGAAUCUUUGUCCAGCGCAUGCGCGACGAAACCGGCUUACUGGACACUUCCGUGCCCGGUGAGGGAGGUAAGUCGUCGGCCGGCGAACACAUCUCGUCUGAGUCGCGCGUACAGCUCGGGCUGUAA